AUGAUUCCACUGAUAAUACUGGGUAUAUUCGGCAAUAUCAAUAUCAUCAUUGCUACGGCGCAUCAACGAAAUUUGCAUAGUCAUAAUACCAUGCUGAUUGCCAUCAUUGCUGUUUUCGAUCUGGCCUAUAUUCUGUUGCGUACAUGCAGUAAUGUUGAAACAGUCAUUUGUGAGGCGCAUAGCUUGACAAAAACAUUAGCUCCUUCGUGCUAA